CGACCGACCAUUGGUACAAUUAGUAAGUCAAGUCGUCGGGCAUUUGCCAAAAUGCCAAUGAGACAUUGACAUUGAGCGUGCGAUCGAUUGUUCCGAUCCGAUCUGAUACGAUCCGAAUAAAACUAAAUACGAACUGAUCCGAUUUUGCGCAGGUUUCCUUUGGGGCCAGCGUUGACAGCCUCGCGAGUCUCGCCCAGCUAGUCAAACCCAACGCAAUUCGAGGGAAUUGCCAGUGCAAUAUUAGAUAAUCGAGUACUUUUUUUCCCCUUGGGAUCCAGAAAGAUAGAAAACUGACAAGGUUCCGGAGAGAUCACCACAUCCCCCAGCCUACGGAAUGUCCAACGAACUCAGUGAACUGAUCGCCCUUGGCUGUCCGGAUCUAACGGCCCAAAAGCCAGCGGGCGGAAGCACCCAGGUGGAGUUGAUCCUCAACACGGAACGUCGCCUGAGCAUAAAGCAGAUGACGGCCACGGAUUUGGCCACCCUACGCCGCAGCGCUGCCGAAGCUGAGGCAAGAUCUCGGUCGCAGGCGGAGGCGGAAGCUCGGGCUAUUGCGCAGGAACAGUUGCGACAGGCCCGCGAGGCCGAGUCGAAGGCCAGAGCACGUGCUGCCCUCGAGGUGCAGGCCCAACUGCAACGGGUGAUGGAGAGUGAGAAACGCAGAAAACAAGAGGAGGAGGAGGCGGAGGAGCAGCGAGUUAGAGAUCAGGCUCAGGAAGAGGAGGAUGAGGAUGAGGAAGAUGACGAGGAAGAAGAGGAACUGGCCAAAGGUGCCCUUCCAUCCAAUUCAGGUCCCAGAGAACGCAGCUCGCUACCCAGCAACAUUGACGAUGCCAUGGAGAUGCACCUACUCAGCGUAUCCCAGCAGGCCUCGUCCAGGGAUGUCCCGCCCAAGAAGAGCACCUCCCACCUGGCCGACUCUAUUGAGUUGCUGCGCAUGCAGCGGGCUGCUCGAGAUGCCAGAUCCCAAAAGCGUACCCGAGAGCGAUCCAUUUCGCCAGAUCGAAAUCACGAAAGGAGCGCUGCUCCCGAUCGCCUCCAGAGUUCAGCCAGCAUGAGCAGCUUGGAUUCGGCCAGCAUCAGUGCCUCGGCUUCAAGACAGCCCAGUAAGGCAGCCAGUCGACGAGGCAGUACCUCCAGUGCCACCGGGAUGGAAGCACCACCUGUGGCACCUGCUCCUCCACAGGCAACCAAGUUUCCGCUCACCAAGACGGUAUCAGCGCCCAAUGUGAUGAACCGACGGCGGAGCAGCCUCACCUCGAUGUUUCCUGGACCCUCGCCAUUGGUGGCACCCGAACCAUCUCUACAUACCAAUCCCGAUCCAAAGGUUCAAGAACAAUUUGAAGAAGAUCAUCGUCGGAGGAGGAUGGAUGAUGGUUAUCGUGAGAUACCCAGCGGAAAGAUGGUGCACCGCACCAAGACACCUCCCCCGGUUGGCACCAAUCUGGGAGUAAGCCUAAAGCGGGUGACCGCUCCCAGCGGAUCCAUAACCAUAAAGCCGAAGGAGUCGCCCAUGCUGGGAGUCGUUCUCCGUCGAGUGGAGAAGAAAAUAGUGCCGCAGAAGAGCAUUCUGGACGAUGAUAAGCCACUGUACCACUUUUCAAUUGUGCGCAGCGACCACAAGGAGCAUGUGCCUGCCCAGAAACCGAAACCCAAGCCUGCUCCUCCAGGCAAGCCAAGUCCUGGUGGCAUCCUCACUGGACCUCAAGUGAUCCGAAGCCCCAAGCAACCGAUGCCUGUUAAGCCGCAGCGUCCCAUGCCCGGUGUUCCCAUCACAAUUACCAAGAGAGGGGACAAGAUCAUCAUCAUUAAGAAGAUCAUUGUGCCGAAGAACAGUAAGAUACCGGAGCAGUAUCUGCAGAUGAGUGAAGAUGCCGGCAAGCCAGCAAUUACAGUGCCCGCAGCGGUUUCCUCCUCGCCCAAUCACAAACCUAAGACUAAAGAGGAAUCCCAACCAGCCAUGCAGAAACCAACGCCUCCGCCGGUCAGCAGUGGCCAGCAGUUCUUCCAGGGUUCGCCGCAGUUCGCGUCGGUGCUGUCGUCCAGCAUCCCGGAGAGCAAGUGCGCCGUGCGUUCACCCAUCUCCUCACUGGCCAUUCGGAAGAGUCGUCCACCUCUGCUGCCGGCGAGUCCAAAAUCUACGCCACCGCUACCAAGGAAACACCAUCCACUGGCGUACAAUGCAGCCACGGGAACGAUUACCAGUGCCUCGGCAGCGGCAUUGCCCUCUCGUUUAAUGACCACCAUUGCCUCGAGCCCGGCUUCGAGUAUAUCCCUGUCCUCCUGCAGUUCACCUUCGUCAUCUCCACCACCUCCAGUGCCAUGUCGAGCUCCAAAGAAUGCCAAUAAACCCGCUGCUGCUGUGGCUUCAGCUGCUCCGCCUCCCGCCAACGAAAUCAGUCUGGAUAGGUUACAACAGCAACAGGAUCUGGAGGAGAAGUCGGCGGCAGCCACUAAUAGCGCCAAGUUGGAUGCGAAUUUCUACGAUGCCGAGAUCGAGAUGAUGAACAAGUAUCUUAAGAGCCUGCCCGACUACAGCGAGCUGGACAGAAAGCUGCACCAGGAGUUCCAGGAGUGCGAAGAUCUCUACGACAGGAUCAAGCGCCAGCAGCAGCCGCUGGCCAAGUCCAAUUCGCAGCAGUCGGUGACGAAGACUGCACCAGGAGCAGGAAUGGCCAUGUCCUCGGGCUUAUCCAAGUCCUCGUCAAUUAACUUUGCACAGAAUCCCAGCAGUCGGGGACCUGCUCCACGUAUGGCCUAUCCUUCUAUAUUUUCACAAUCCGGAGGUGAACCCAAGCUGCAGCGCAGUAUUUCCAGCUCGAAUAUGCCGCUAAGUACACCGACUCCAAUGCGUCCACUGCCCACCAAAAAUGGAUUGCAAAGUGGCUCCAAUUUGUCUCUUAACAAACAGUUGAUGAACGAAUUCUGGAGCGAGAAUCUUACAAGUUCACAAAAGCGGCAAACACCUAAGAGAACUUUUUGGAACUACGAGAAGAUCUGUGGAGCCCAGUUGGGUGAUGCCGGGCAGCCGUUUAAAGUGGAUGCCAAGACGGCCAAGAAACUGGCUAUAUUCGAUCCCACGGUGGCCGAGGCGGCGCAGAAGGAGUUACAGCGUCCUCAGCAAUCAUCGCAGGUGCCUCAACAUCAUCCCCACCAGCUCCAGAAGAAUGCAUCGAUGUCGCAUUUGGAUUUAAAGGUGCGCCAGGCGGUGACCAAGGAUGAUCUCUACAAGCUGAUCUGUAACGAGCAAUCUCCGUCGGGUGGGACGAAUUUUGUAAGCAGAGUGCCGGUCAAACAGCAGCCCAAUCCCAGCCAGCAGCAGGUGCUCCCGAAGAGCAUGUCCAUGACCCAUGUGCCGGGUGGUGGUCAACACAUGGGAGCUCCUCUGCUUCGGACUUCCAGUCGCACUCACAUACCCUGCUAUAUGAAGAAUCUUCCCUCGUUGAGCAGAAGCACCUCAAACUCUGCGAUACUCAUGACGCAACCACGAAAGGAACCUCCGCCCAAGGAGCCACUUAAGGUGGCACCACCAGCUGCUGCUCCUCCAUCGGCUGUUAGUAAGCCCAGUGGUGUUUUGAAGAGCUCCAGUAGUUCCUGCGUCCCUUCGCCACGCUGUGCCGCCGCCUUUUUCCGUCGUCCGCAGGAAAAUAACAAUCCUCAGCAGGUGCAACAUCAACAGUCACUUCAAAAACCCCAACAGGUAGCGCCCAUCGAGGAAGUCGGACCUGGGGAUUCCGCUUCAUUGGAACGCAAAUCGGAGAAGAGCAACAGUACGAUAAGCACGAGCAGCUUUACGGUGACCAACUGUUGCACCACCCACCUGCCGCAGCUCUCCAAGUUUACCUCAUCGUUCCAUAUUGCGCCCACCACAGCAACAACCACAGCGGCAACAGGAACAUCACCAACCACAACAACAAGCGAUCAGCAGCAGCAGCAGCAACACCAAAGUAGCGCAGCAGGGACUGCCAACAUGGAGGUGCCAACAUCGUCAUCGUCGUCAGCGGCCACAAAGCGCCAGAAAGAUGUUGACAACAAGCUAGAAAAAUGCCUGAACGACAUGCUAAAGUUGAAGACCAGCAACAACAGCAAUAGCACUAGUAACAUCAAUAAUAAUGCAAUCAUGUCGCAGUCGCUGACGACUGGCGAGCACAAAGACCCGAAGAGUGCAGUCGAAGGCCCCACGAGCAGCAGUACCAGCAAAUACUCGGGUGAAUCUCAGAUCCCCGUGCCAGUUCAGCUUUACGAUCCGCAGAAGCCGUUGCUGCAACAACAGCAGCAGCAACAAAGGAUUUGCUAUCCCAUAGGCAAAUCCAACUCUACCUCACAGUUGCCCAUGGGUGGCUACCAGCGUUUGCUGCAACAGCAGCAGCAGCAGCAACACUACCAGCAGCAAUCACAUCAGGAGCAGCAGCAGCAGUAUCCCCAGCACAAGCGACCCUUCCUCAACUGGAAUAGUUUUGCCUGUUCCGCCAUGAACGGAGCAAGUGAUCCCUUCAUGCAGCAGCAACACAUGCCUGCCCAUCAGCAGCAGCAGCAGCAGGCGCACCUGCCCCACAAGCUGCAGCAGUCGUACUCCUCCUCGCAUGUGCCAAAGCAGGCGCCCAAAUCGGGACUUGCCAUGUUCCUGCAAAAGAACACCAACAAGGAGAACAAGUUUGGCCAGCCACUGCAGCACCAACCGCCCGGCAUGAUGCCCCAGAUGUAUGGCUACCAGCCGCCCCAGCCUCCAUCCAAGAUUGGCUACCCCCGCACCGCUGGGGCCCCACUGACGCACUCGGCCUCCUUCAGCUCCGCCCAAAGGCCGACGGCCCUGCAGUUCCACCAGCAACAUCAGCAGCAACAGCAGCAGCAGCUACACCCCCAGCAGCAUUCCAGCUUUGGGCUGGGCAUGAUGAGUAGGAAUUACUAUAAUGUGCCCAAGCAGCCAGAGCGCAAGCCGCUGCAGACCUUCGAUCCGUAUGCCUAUCCCAAGCCGAAUCAGAUGCAGCCGGUCAAGUACCAGCAGCAGCAGCAGCAACCGCAUCCGCAUACGCAGUUUCUGAAUGCUUCCGCUGGAGGUGGAGGCGGAGGAGGUGGAGGAAAUGGCGGUGCCUCUGGGCUUCAAUACGAUCCAAAUACAAAUACGCAAUUGUUUUACGCGUCGCCGGCGUCAUCGUCAUCGAACAUGCAACCGCAGCAACCGCAACAGCAGCAACAGCAGCAGCAAUCGCAGCUACAACAAAGCAAUUCUGUCAUAUUCAAUCACUCAAGCCAGCAGCUACACCAACCACAUCAACAGCAGCAGCAGAAUGAGAUGUCCAAGUCCGCAUUGGGACUGCAUUUCAUCGAGACAGCAAAGCCCGUCAUUCAAGAUGAUGCUGAUGGUCACUUAAUUUACCACACCGGAGACAUUCUCCAUCACAGAUAUAAGAUCAUGGCCACACUGGGCGAGGGAACUUUUGGACGUGUGGUCAAGGUCAAAGACAUGGAGCGUGAUUACUGCAUGGCCUUGAAGAUUAUUAAGAACGUAGAAAAGUACCGCGAAGCUGCCAAGCUGGAGAUAAAUGCCUUGGAAAAGAUUGCCCAAAAGGAUCCGCAUUGCGAUCAUUUGUGCGUGAAAAUGAUAGACUGGUUUGAUUAUCAUGGACACAUGUGUAUAGUUUUUGAAAUGUUGGGGCUUAGUGUUUUCGAUUUUUUGCGUGAGAACAACUAUGAGCCUUACUCGUUGGACCAAGUGCGCCACAUGGCCUAUCAAUUAUGCUACUCUGUGAAAUUUCUACAUGACAAUCGUUUAACGCACACAGAUCUCAAGCCGGAGAAUAUACUCUUCGUCGAUUCAGAUUAUACAUCUCACUAUAAUCAUAAGAUUAACCGCGAGGUGCGCCGCGUCAAGAACACGGACGUCCGUCUGAUCGACUUUGGGUCGGCCACCUUCGACCACGAGCACCACAGCACAAUUGUCUCGACGCGACAUUACCGCGCGCCCGAGGUCAUACUGGAGCUGGGGUGGUCACAGCCGUGUGAUGUUUGGUCCAUUGGGUGCAUCUUGUUCGAACUGUAUCUGGGAAUCACGCUCUUCCAAACGCACGACAACCGCGAGCAUCUGGCCAUGAUGGAGCGAAUCUUGGGACAAAUACCAUAUCGCAUGGCACGCAAUCAUACUCUUUAUAGCAAAACCAAAACAAAGUACUUCUAUCAUGGUAAGUUGGAUUGGGAUGAGAAGUCCAGUGCGGGUCGCUACGUCCGAGAUCACUGCAAGCCGUUGUUCCUGUGCCAGCUGAGCGACAGCGAGGACCACUGUGAGCUCUUCAGUCUGAUCAAGAAGAUGCUGGAGUACGAGCCCUCGUCCCGCAUCACGUUAGGUGAAGCCCUGCGUCAUCCGUUCUUCGACAGGCUGCCACCGCACCAUCGAGUGGGUGAAGUGAGCAACAAGCAGCCCCUCUCGUCGGGCAGCAGCAGCCGCGAACGAUCGCACAGCCUCUCCAGAUGAGAAUUACAGCGAUUUGGUUAUUGUUGACAGACAGCGCUAAUCAAGCACUCACUCAUGCAAACAUACACUCGAAGCAGUCGUCCAGCAACGUCUUGCACCAGCCUCGUAGAGUAGACCAGCAACUUUACGGCAAACCAAACCUACUUUAAGUGCUAAAGUCUUUUAUUCUAAAUUUUUUUGAACUUGACUUGUAUAAAUGUUUAUUAUACAAAAAUCCAUUGAUCCA